AUGGUGCAAUACGGUGGUGACGAAGUUGCGGCGCUGGUGGUGGACAUUGGCGCUUCGAGCGUGCGCGCGGGAUAUGCGGGCGACGAUACUCCCAAAGCGGUCGUCAACGCGAGCUACGGCUUCAUCAACGAAUCCGGAGAUGGUGAUGCGGUUAUGGACGACGGCAAUGGUGGAGCCGCGUCUUCGUCAAAAAUGUUUAUAGGACAGCAUGGUCCUUCUAUCUGGCGCGCGAAUAUGCAGGUCGGAAAUCCUAUUCAGGAGGGAAUGAUCGCCGACUUCAAACCUAUACCCGCCCUCGUCCGACAUGCACUGCAAGAUGUGAUGCAUGUUGAUGCUACCGAGCAUCCUGUACUUGUCACCGAACCCGCAUGGAAUACGCCUGAAAACAGGGAACGCAUGGCUGAGAUCAUGUUCGAGGAAUUCAACGUCCCUGCAUUCUACAUUGCCAAUACCGCUGUCUUGAACGCGUUCGCCGCGGGCAAGGGCUCUGCUUUGGUUAUCGACAUUGGCAAGUCGACCGCGAGUGUAACGCCCGUGGUCGAUGGCUUUGUACUACGAAAAGGCCUCGUACACUCAUCGCUACCCCAACUUGUCCACGCAAGCGCCCGAAACCAGCUCGUGAACCAACAGCAAAACCAUCCGCCAAUUCAACUCCUUCCCCACCAAUUGAUCGCCGGAAAGACGCCCGUAGCCCCUUCCUCCCCGGCCAUGUUCCAAGUCAGGCAAGACCGCGCACCCCAAACAACGCCCUCGCUCCUCAAAUACUACGAAGAGCGUGAAGUAGAAGAAUGGAUUCAGUCCGUAGCGGGUGUACUCGACCAAGGCUGGAACGACCAGCUCGCCACAUCCCGCCCUAUGAAGCAGUACGAGUUCCCAACGGGCUUCAACGCCUACUUCGGCAAGGACCGCUUCCAGGUCGGGGAGAUGUGGAUGGGCGCGAGCAGGGAGGUUCAAGGGUCUAACCCGGGUCUGCCCCUUUCGUUGCCACAGUUGUUGAGCAAGAGCCUGAAUGCGCUGGACGUUGAUAUGAGGGGGGUGUUGCUUGGGAAUAUCGUGUUGACGGGUGGAGGGAGCUUGUUCGCGGGGCUGAGUGAGAGGUUGCAGAGCGAGCUGCAGAGGCAGAUGCCCAAUGUCUCUAUCAAGAUCCAUGCGCCGGGCAACACCAUCGAGCGCAAGUACGGUGCGUGGCUGGGCGGCUCUAUUCUCGCCAGCCUCGGCACAUUCCACCAGCUCUGGAUCAGCCGCGAAGAAUGGCAGGAGCAUGGGAAAGCCAUCGUUGGACAACGCUGCAAAUGA